UGGAAUUACGAUUCGGACUUGGAGUGGGGUGAGCCAGCUGUUUUCACACCUUUCCCUCUUUGCUGUUUACCAGGGGCAACAACGAAAACAACCUCGCAAGCAGUUGACUGUGGUUCUCACUAUAACUAUAGUCAAAGCUACCUCUCGUUGUAGUGAAAGACGCGAACGUUCACUUCACGAUGACGGACGAUCCGUUCAAGUGCCUGCUCGGAGAAAUCUCCGAAGACCAAUGGCAGGCGUACAAGGCGCUUAGGAAACAUCAAGGUGGCCUUGUCGAAGAUGACGAUUCCCCCCUGGAUUCGGCAAGCAGUGACGUUGAUACCCCUCAGGAUGCUUCGGCGGAGAAAACUGACACGCAGGAUGCUGAGAAGCUGCGUUCCUUGCUCACCACCAAGUACAUUAAUGGGGAGAUAACCUUUGCUGAGUUUACAGACCGCAUGGACUUGUCCUUGACGCCAAAGGAAGAGAAUUUAAAAGAAGCUGAACAAGAACUUGAUGAUGACUUCCUCAGGCCAAGCCAUCGGAAAAACAGGGCCAGACGGCUGCCACGGGACUUGCAGGGUCUCGUAGGGCAGGCCAACCUUUGCUUUGCCCGGGGCAGCUACCAGGACGCAGUGAAAAUGUGCAUGGAGGUGGUGCGGCUGGCUCCACAUGCAGCCGAGCCCUUUCAGACUCUGGGGAUGAUCUACGAAGCAUUGGGAGAGCCCCAGCGGGCCCUGCAGUUCUCCCUCAUCGGUGCCUACUUGAGCCCACAGGACGCUGACGAGUGGAGCCGGUUGGGAGAGUUAUCCCUCGAACAGGGCGACGUGCACCAGGCCAUUGCGUGUUACGUCCAGGCGGUGCGGGCAGACCCUUCAAAUAUGGAGCUGCGCUUCGAGCUGUGCUCGCUGUAUGAGCAAGUGGGCAACCAGCAGAGAGCUCUUGCUUGCUGCACAGCUUUGGUCCAGCAGAUGGGGCAUGGGGACGCCUGCCUGAAGCUCUCUCGGGAACUUGCCAAGGUGCACCACCAGAGAGGCAAUGUGGCUGUAGCCACUCAGGUGCUCCUCAGUGCCGUCAAGAAAUUCCCUACCCACGUCUCCUCGGAAGACAUCAACAUGCUACUAGAGCUACAGCUUGCCCAGAAAAUGUUCCAGGCUGCAUUGAUGGUUCUGCACAGCUACUGUGGCGUGAAACUGCUGCCACUGCCGGAAGACUGCAAGGAACUCACUGGGGAACUGCUCACAGACUCCUUGGCGACCUUUGAGAGGUGCGAGGUUCCUGCAGAGAUGCCAGUGGAUUUGCGUACAAAACUGAUUCUGUGCCUGGUGUACCUUGGUGGUGGCGAGCAGCUGACGGGCGGCCUUUUGGACCAGCUGCAGCGUGAUGAAGACCCCGAGGAUGCAGGGGAUCUUUUCCUCGACGUGGCUGAAGCACUGAUGGAAGUGAGGCGCGUGCAAGAGGCUCGGCCCUUGCUCCAUGCGCUAGUCAACACGCGCAACUACGGAAUGGCAGCGGUGUGGCUGCGUUACGGGGAGUGUCUGCAGCAGCUGGGUUGCCUGCGUGAGGCGACCAGUGCAUACGAGCGCACGUGUGAGCUGGCACCCAGCCAUUCUCAGGCACGCCUGGCCCUGUGCCAGCUGCUCUUGGCCCAGGGGCUCACAGAGCGGGCCAUUGCAUGCCUCGAGUCAGCUGAUGCCCCCGAGCAAGGAGCGAUGGGAGACGCAGAUCAGCAGCAGGAUGCAGCAUGUGUGCUGCUUCGACGAGCACAGCUGUUGCAGCAGUCGGGACGGCAUGGAGACUUCAUCGAGACUGCCAAGCUGCUUCACGAAGCACACUGCCCACCCAUACAGACCCCCAACGAGUACACAGCCAUGUUUACGACGAGCACCUAUCGUGGUCGCACGGAAGCUUUGCGAGAACUGUACCAGCAGCGGAACUUCACUCCAUUCAACUGGCUGACAGCAGACAGUGGUGUCUCCGUAGACGAGCUGUACCAGUGCUUUCUUGAGCUGUGCCAGGAGCUUCACCGUUUGGGGCACAUGGAGGACCUGCAGCAGGUGACAACUGAGGCACUCGUGUCACCCUUGCUUAAUCGAGAGCCACACAUGACCAAGGAGCUAGACUUCCUGUGCUUUCAAGCCCACUACCAAGACCCGAGACAGGAGGAGCACACUUUCUCUAUGGCUCGCUCACUGGUGCCAAAGUAUGCUGCCCACAAUCGUGCCUGGAACCUGUUUGGACUGGCAGUGAAUCUGAGCCCUGUAAUGCGGCAGAACCGUUUCUGCUUGCGCCAGGUGUACAAGCAACCACACAGUGUGCCCCUUGGCUUGCUCAACGGCCACAAUGCCCUGGUGUCAGGCACCUACAAACAUGCCUUAGGGGAGUAUGUGCAGCUGCUGAAGAAGGUGGAUGAAGAGGAGCCCCUGUUGCUGCUGUGUGCAGGCCUGUCACUGGUGCACAUUAGCUGUCAGAAGUUCUCGGCUCGCCGCCACUGGCUGCUGGUGCAGGCAAUGGGCUUCCUCGACCGUUACAUGCUCGCACGGCCCAGCCAGGAGGCCCUCUUCAACAUGGGCCGCGCACUGCAACAGCUCGGUUUCCCCCACUUGGCACUCAACAUGUACCAGCGUGCACUGGACACACCUCCGGCGGUACAGGGCAUGCCGGACGUCUUUGAUCUGCGUUGCGAGAUAGCCUUCAACAUGAGCCUCUUGUACCAGCACAGUGGCAACACCGAGCUUGCCAGCAGCAUCGUUGCUCAGCACUGCAUAAUCUGAGCUUCCAAGCAUGCAUUCUGUUGCUGCUUUCCUUGAGGUUCAAACAUCUGCAUCUCAAUGGUGCCACUCUAGGGAAUCCAGUAUACGCAAACAUUUAUGACUAUGAUCUUGUACAGAAAUGUAAAUAAACAUUUCUUUUUGUCUGUUGUUCAA